UUUCUUAUUACGGAUUGUCCUGACAAGAAUCAUAUCGAUGAGUUUAGCCAUCUCUUGCUUUCCCAUCAAGUUUCUGAUGUCUUGCGGAUAUGUGAUCCUUCUGCAUACGAUGCUUCUUUGUUGAGUGUCGCUGGGAUCAAAGUUCAUGAGUUGUAUUUUGAGGAUGGUAGGCUAUACAAGUUGUCCAUCUUGAAUCAAAAAGCAAAGCUCCUGUCCACUUCAUCCACACUCGACAAAAAAAUAUCCUCCAGCUCACUCACAUCAACAAAACCUGUCUUGGCCAUUCACUGUGUAAGCGGGAUUGGUCGUGCUCCUGUACUUGUUUGCUGCGCUCUGAUUGAUUAUGGAAUGGAUCCAUCGGAUGCGGUUGCAUACGUUCGAAAGUAUCGUCGAGGUGCAAUUAACAAAUCACAGUUGGCAUGGAUU